AUCAAAAUUACACAAUUCCCGCGCAAAUCCUCAUUUCAAUAACCACGCCCCCAACGCCUCAGAAAGGGGAAAACGUCAUAAUAGAAGAACCAAUCAGCGCGAGGUAUUCGUGACUCAUUUGCAUAACCACGCCCCACCUGGCUCGCCCGCCAAGGCCCGCCGCCGACCCCGGGCUCUCUCUGCUCCCAGUGCUCCCAGUAAGAGCGGCACUGGCAGGGAAAGCGCGCCCAGUUCCUGCCCGGGGCUCUCAGCAUCGCUGCCGCUGCUCUCCCUGACAUUCCCAGUGCUCCCAGUAUCGCUCCCAGCGCCGCGCGGGCCGCAGCCGCUCUGCAACCCCUGGGGCCUGAGGGCGGCUGACUUUUGGGUGUCGGCAUCGGGCCGGGCGGAGCGGGGAGCGAGAGGAAGAGGAGGGACACGGGAGGAGGAAGAGGAGGGACACGGGAGGUGGAGCAACAACAGGAACAGGAACCAGCGGCCGGAACAGGAGCAGCGUUUUUGGCACCACGCGCUUCCCCCGCCCGCCCGCUCAGCCGCAGCUCGCCCGGCUCCGGCACCAGCGGCGACCCCGAGAAGCCGCAGCAGCAUUUCCCAAACCUCGGCACCGAGGAGGAGGAGGAGGCCGUGAGGAAGAGGAGGAGGAUGGCCCUGGACGCGCAGGAAAGAGCCAGCCCGGGCCGGGGAGGCGGCCGCAGCUCCGAGCUGGGGCUCCAGGAGCAGCUUCACGAUGGGGAGAAGCCCCACAAGUGCUCGGAAUGUGGGAAGGGAUUCAGGAGGAGAUCGGACCUGAUCAAACACCACACAGUUCACACGGAGGAGCGUCCGUACGAAUGUGAGGAGUGUGGGAAGAGAUUCAAAGUGAGCUCAAGGCUGGACAGACACCAGAGAAUCCACACGGGGGAACGGCCCUAUGAGUGUGGGGAGUGUGGGAAGAGAUUCAACCAGAGCUCAAGCCUGAAAGAACACCAGAGGACCCACACUGGGGAACGGCCCUACGAGUGUGGAGAGUGUGGGAAGACAUUCACAGUGAGCUCAAACCUGAAAACACACCUGAGGAUCCACACUGGGGAGAGGCCCUACGAAUGUGAUAAAUGCAGGAAGAGGUUUCGGAGCAGAUCCUGUCUCCUCGAGCACUAUCGCAUUCACAUAGAUGAGAGGCCUUAUGAGUGCUCUGAGUGUGGGAAGGGAUUCAAGCACAACUAUGCCCUCGUCCUCCACCGGCGCACCCACACCGGGGAGAGGCCCUACGAGUGUGAUAAAUGCAGGAAGAGGUUUCACAGAAGGUCCGGUCUCUUCCUGCACUAUCGCACUCACCUGGAUGAGAGGCCUUAUGAGUGCCCCGACUGUGGGAAGGCCUUCAAGCACAACUGCACCCUCAUGAUGCACCGGCGCAUCCACACCGGGGAGAGGCCCUACGAGUGUGAUAAAUGCAAGAAGAGGUUUCAGACCGGCUCCAGUCUCCUCCUGCACUAUCGCAGUCACCUGGAUGAGAGGCCUUAUGUGUGCCCCGACUGUGGGAAAAGCUUCAAGGUCAACUCCGCCCUCAUGAUCCACCGGCGCAUCCACACCGGGGAGAGGCCGUAUGAGUGUGAUAAAUGCAGGAAGAGGUUUCCCACCAGCUCCAGUCUCCACCUGCACUAUCGCAGUCACCUGGAUGAGAAGCCUUAUGAGUGCUCCGACUGCGGGAAGAGCUUCACGCAAAACUCCACCCUCAUCAAGCAUCGGCGCAUCCACACUGGGGAGAGGCCCUACGAGUGUGAUAAAUGCAGGGAGAGGUUUCAGGCAAAAUCCCAUCUCCUCCGUCACUAUCGCACUCACCUGGAUGAGAAGCCUUAUGAGUGUCAAGACUGCGGGAAGAGAUUCAAGCAAAACUCACACCUCAUCAGGCAUCGGCGCAUCCACACUGGGGAGAGGCCCUAUCAGUGUCCCGAGUGUGGGCAGAGCUUCUCCUUUAGCUCUAACUUGAUCCGACACAAACGGAUUCACGAUGGGGAGAAGCCCCACAAGUGCUCGGAAUGUGGGAAGGGAUUCAGGUGGAGAUCGGAGCUGGUCAAACACCAGAGAAUCCACACGGGGGAACGGCCCUACAAGUGCUCGGAAUGUGGGAAGGGAUUCAGGAGGAGAUCGGACCUGAUCAAACACCACACAGUCCACACGGAGGAGCGUCCGUACGAAUGUGAGGAGUGUGGGAAGAGAUUCAAAGUGAGCUCAAGGCUGGACAGACACCAGAGAAUCCACACGGGGGAACGGCCCUACAAGUGUGGGGAGUGUGGGAAGAGAUUCAGCCAGAGUGCACACCUGAAACAACACCAGAGGACCCACACUGGGGAACGGCCCUACGAGUGUGGGGAGUGUGGGAAGAGAUUCAGAGUGAGCUCAAGCCUGAUCCUACACAAAAGGAUCCACACUGGGGAACGGCCCUACAAGUGUGGGGAGUGUGGGGAAAGAUUCAGGCAGAGGUCAAGCCUGAACACACACCGGAGGAUCCACACUGGGAAGAGGCCCUAUGAGUGUGAUAAAUGCAGGAAGAGGUUUCAGAGAAGCUCCUGUCUCCUCCUGCACUAUCGCACUCACCUGGAUGAGAGGCCUUAUGAGUGCUCCGACUGUGGGAAGGGAUUCAAGCAAAACUCACACCUCAUCACCCACCAGCGCAUCCACACUGGGGAGAGGCCCUACGAGUGUCCCGAGUGUGGGCAGAGCUUCUCCUAUAGCUCUAACUUGAUCCGACACAAACGGAUUCACACGGAGGAGCGUCCGUACGAGUGUGAGGAGUGUGGGAAGAGAUUCAAACUGAACUCAAGGCUGGACAGACACCAGAGAAUCCACACGGGGGAACGGCCCUAUGAGUGUGGGGAGUGUGGGAAGAGAUUCAACCAGAGCUCAAGCCUGAAACAACACCAGAGGACCCACACUGGGGAACGGCCCUACGAGUGUGGUGAGUGUGGGAAGACAUUCACAGUGAGCUCAAACCUGAAAACACACCUGAGGAUCCACACCGGGGAGAGGCCCUACGAAUGUGAUAAAUGCAGGAAGAGGUUUCGGAGCAGAUCCUGUCUCCUCGAGCACUAUCGCAUUCACAUAGAUGAGAGGCCUUAUGAGUGCUCUGAGUGUGGGAAGGGAUUCAAGCACAACUAUGCCCUCGUCCUCCACCGGCGCACCCACACCGGGGAGAGGCCCUACGAGUGUGAUAAAUGCAGGAAGAGGUUUCACAGAAGGUCCGGUCUCCUCCUGCACUAUCGCACUCACCUGGAUGAGAGGCCUUAUGAGUGCCCCGACUGUGGGAAGGGCUUCAAGCACAACUGCACCCUCAUGAUGCACCGGCGCAUCCACACCGGGGAGAGGCCCUACGAGUGUGAUAAAUGCAAGAAGAGGUUUCAGACCGCCUCCAGUCUCCUCCUGCACUAUCGCAGUCAUCUGGAUGAGAGGCCUUAUGUGUGCCCCGACUGUGGGAAAAGCUUCAAGGUCAACUCCGCCCUCAUGAUCCACCGGCGCAUCCACACCGGGGAGAGGCCCUACGAGUGUGAUAAAUGCAGGAAGAGGUUUCACACCAGCUCCAGUCUCCACCUGCACUAUCGCAGUCACCUGGAUGAGAAGCCUUAUGAGUGCCAUGACUGCGGGAAGAGCUUCACGCAAAACUCCACCCUCAUCAAGCAUCGGCGCAUCCACACUGGGGAGAGGCACUACGAGUGUGAUAAAUGCAGGGAGAGGUUUCAGGCAAAAUCCCAUCUCCUCCGUCACUAUCGCACUCACCUGGAUGAGAGGCCUUAUGAGUGUCAAGACUGCGGGAAGGGAUUCAAGCAAAACUCACACCUCAUCAGGCAUCGGCGCACCCACACCGGGGAGAGGCCCUACGAGUGUCCCGAGUGUGGGCAGAGCUUCUCCUUUAGCUCUAACUUGAUCCGACACAAACGGAGUCUGCACUGAGGGAAGCCCUGCGAGUGCCCCGAGUGCAGGAAGAGCUUCGUGCGCUGCUCCAGCUCCAUCCCCCAUGGCAGGAUCCGCGCUGGAUGAUCCCCAGUGAGCCCCGGUGGGCAGAGCCCCGCUGAGCCCUGGUGCCGCUGAUCCGUGUUGGGAACACACCUGGCUGGGGGCUCCACGUCCUCCUGCUCCCAUCCCAGCCCACAUCCCAUUCCCAGUCCCAUAUUCCCUGUCCUGUUCCAUUUCUUGUGCUCUUCCUCCCUCUCCCAUUCCCAUGUUUGAAUUUCUGUAUUUCCAGUCCUGUUCCCAUAUUCCCUAUCCCAAUUCUGUUCUCAUAUUCCCAUUUCCCAUUCCAUUCCCAUCAUCUUAAUCUCUAUCCCAUGUUCUCUCUCCAAUUGCUAUUUCCAUAUAACAUGUCCCGUUCCCAUAUUCUCAUUCCCGGUUCCUCUUUUCGUUCCUGUCCCCAUUCCCAGUCUCUGUCCCCAUUCCCAGUUGUUGCAGUGUAACAGAUUCUCUCUGAGUCCCUCCAACAGAGAACAGAAUGCAAGGAUUAAAAUUAAAUUAGAAUUAAAACCC